CCAUUCAGCGCUCUACACAGUAUGGCCGGCGAUAUUAGCUAGCACUCGCUAACUGUAUUCUCUGCAAAAGGGAAGACGGCAACUUAAGAGAAAUCAACACCUGGAUUGCUUAAAGGACUGUACCUCAAUAACUUAGACCUGACCGAGGAAGGAUUGAUUCAGCUGUAAACGACCCACGUUGAAUCCUUGUUGUUGGGUGUCUGUUGUCUCAUGAUGGAAGAUAACGGUGCACAUUUCUUCGAGGGGACCGAGAAGCUGCUGGAGGUGUGGUUCUCCCGGCAGGAUGAGACCAAAGGAACCGGGGACCUCCGUACCAUCCCAAGGUUUGAGUGGGACAAACUCUUGGAGAAUGUGCAUUGUUUGAUCAUAAGUGUGACAAAGUCUGACAAGCAGGACGCUUAUAUACUCAGUGAGAGUAGCAUGUUUGUCUCCAAGAGACGUUUCAUUUUGAAGACGUGCGGAACCACCCUCUUACUGCAAGCACUGGUGCCUCUGCUGGAACUCGCCAGGGAGUACUGUGGCUUCGAUGCCAUCGAGAACUUCUUCUACUCCCGCAAGAACUUUAUGAAACCAUCCCAUCAAGAGUUCCCUCAUCGAAACUUCCAGGAGGAAGUGGACUUCCUCAGCCAGAUCUUCCCCAAUGGUGCAGCUUACUGCAUGGGACGUUUGAACUCUGACUGCUGGUACCUGUUCACCCUAGACUUACCUGAGUACUGGGAGAACAAGCAUGCAGAUCAGACGCUGGAAGUUCUGAUGAGUGACCUCGAUCCAGCCAUUAUGGACCAGUUCUACAUGAAAGAUGGUGUUUCUGCAAGUGAAGUCACUCGUAUGAGUGGAAUUCGUGACCUGAUACCAGGUUCUGUGAUUGAUGCCACAAUGUUCAACCCUUGUGGAUAUUCAAUGAAUGGAAUGAAGACUGACGGAACUUACUGGACCAUCCACAUCACCCCGGAGCCAGAGUUCUCCUACGUCAGCUUCGAAACCAACCUGUCCCAGACAUCCUACGAUGAUCUGAUCAGGAAGGUGGUGGAGGUGUUCAAGCCAGGAAAAUUUGUGACAACGCUUUUUGUUAAUCAGAGCUCCAAAUGUCGCAGUGUCUUUUCUUCAGCCCAGAAGCUCGAGGGCUACAAGCGCCUCGACCGCCAGCUGGCUCAAUUCAACGACUACAACUUUGUCUUCACAAGCUACGUCCAGAACCGCCAGCAGAACCAGCAGAGCUGAGGUUCCAGGAUGAAGAAGAGGCGUAAAAAGAAAGGCGACCGCCGUGGACUCCCCCACUGCGGCCGGCUUCACCCCCCACUACAGAGUUUGUCGUCCCCCUCCCCCCUCGUCCUCCCCCGGCCCCCCUCCCGCCGCUGCUGCCGUCGUGGUUUCGAGUGUUCCGGUGCUGACGCAGCGGCGCCCCCCAGUUUAACCUCCAGUUUGAGUUGUUUGCAUUGUUGUUCCUGUGACUUAGAUCUCUUGCAUGAAAGCUCUUUUCUCUGUUUCGAUAUUCUAGCUCACUCUUGCUGUGAUCUUGAAGUGCAUGUAGAGGAAUUAAACACGCUCUGUUUGAGGCUGUCCACCUGUGCCCAGUACAACGGUCCCUUCCUGCAGGUGUCCCCCCUCAUCCCCCACAGACAAGGCUUCCGCCCACACUAAGCCAGGGCCCUGACAUGCUCAGAUCAGCGCGCCUGUUUCUGCUCUCCAUGAAUCACGACCCUUUCCUGAGUGCACUUUAAGAAGCUCACGGUACGAGAAGACGGCGGCUCUGCGUCUCGUCUGAUUGAAUGUAAAGUCAGGGUAAGCUUUGAGCCAUACUAAUCGUUGGUUUGUGGGGACGAGUCCCACCUUUUGAAAACGAACGCCAUAUUAGCUGUUUCAUGUGACCAGACCAAGGGUCAGCCAGGAGACGGGAUGCUUUGCUGGGUUUCUGAAGCAGACUCUAAAACCUGCGCUCGUUCAGCUCCACCGCCACCAACAGGGAGGGAGAGACGCCGUUUGACCUCUCUCUGUCUGUGACCUACCAAACUACAUCUGAUCCACCACCCCCCGGGUCUACAUCCCACCAAACUACAUCUAAUCCACCACCCGCGAGUCCACAUCCCACCAAACUACAUCUGAUCCACCACCCGCGAGUCCACAUCCCACCAAACUACAUCUAAUCCACCACCCGCGAGUCCACAUCCCACCAAACUACAUCUAAUCCACCACCCACGAGUCCACAUCCCACCAAACUACAUCUGAUCCACCACCCACGAGUCCACAUCCCACCAAACUACAUCUGAUCCACCACCCGCGAGUCCACAUCAUACCAAACUACAUCUAGUCCUCCACCCCGAGGGUCCACAUCUUACCAAACUACAUCUAAUCCUCCACCCUGCGGGUCCACAACCUUCACAGUCCAGGGUUUAUACUUAUGAGGGUCAAUCACACCCCAGUCAAUACAGAGUCUUCCUGCUGUUACUAAUGAACCUGUUUGUUACAGACAGACCACCCUGUGACCAGAAACUCAAGUUACUGACUAAGUCCAGACACAUGUAGACCACCAGAACAAACCCGAGCCAGCUCUGACCCUGAGAACUCAGGUAACCUGUGGUAAGAAUAAAACCCCUGAUACAGAAUCACCUCACUGAGACCUGAUCCUGGUCUCUUUAAGGGAGGCUUUAAACCAACUCUGAUGGUGGGAGGUCAUGACUGCGUUAACAUACGUGUCACAAAAAACACGCGUCAUAUUCAGGGCCCAUCUCCCCCAGUCCUCGUGUUUCCCCAGUCCUCGUGUGUACGUGUGUGUAUGAAUCAUUGAAGACCUGAGCACUUUGUGUCACCAUGAUGGAUCUAAAGCAAGCUUCUACCCUACAGCACUCACUUCACCUCCCCACACACACGCACGCACGCACACACACACACGGGCACACACGGGCACACACACACGCACGGGUCACACUGAAUGUAGCAGCGGCUGUAUGAAGCCCCCUCCCGUCCUCCAUCUUUGAAUGUACACGUCUGUAGAGAAAGGCUGGACUGAGUCUGAGCUGAAUGUCUACACACACACACACACACACACACACACACACACACACACACACACACACACACACACACACACACACACACACACACACACACACACACACACACACACACACACACACACACAGAGACAAACACACACAGACAAACACACACGCACCCUCAGACGUAGUAGCUGAGGCAGAAUGUGGAGAAGAUGGUGGAUGUGUGUGUGUGUGUGUGUGUGUGUGUGUGUGUGUUUCCUCUCAUGCUCCCAGUAUGAUGCUGUGUGUGUGUGUGUGUGUGUGUGUGUUGCACGUGAAGGCGUAGUGAUGGUGGCUCUGUAUUACAGACCUCGCUCAGUGACCAGCCUCCCCCCCUCUUCCCCCCAGAGUCAGACCGUGACCUGACGAGAGCCGGCCCUGCUGGCUGUGCCCCCGCUCGCUCGCUCGCUCGCUCCGCUCUGAAUGGGAAAUAAUGAAUCAGACACUUUUUGCUUAGUUGUCCAGCAAAGCAUUUUUCUUCUUCCCACAGAAUAUCAGCGUGUGUCUGUCUCUUUCCGCCCCAUACAGAGAUCUGUAAGAGCACAAUAGAGGCCCGCCGGUCUGAGCAUGCCAGGGUGCUCCCGGAUCAUUCCACAUGUAACCGCUACAUAAACUGCCGUUUUAUUACAUUUAUUGUGCCCAGACGGUUUUUGCAGUGAAUCAGUCCAAAAUGUGACCCCCCAGCAGUUUAGUUCUUUUUGUUGGGUCCCUUUUGUUCACUGAGGGGGAAAAUCCUGUGACACUAUGGUGCAUGUGACUACUAGUGCCGUGUUGCUUGACAGUGUAGUGUAGCGCCGUCUCUUCCUCCUUCCUCCGUCAGUGUGCUUCCACCUCCCUCUUGUUGAACCAGCUGUAGUUGUAGCUGCUGCAUCCUGGCGUGUUUUUCGGGGUGGGUGGGGAUUCUUCUUUUAUUUAUUUCUCUCCAUCAUUUCAAGCUGUGGCCGAGUGCUGAAAGCAGGUCGGGUUUCUUAUUUAUUACUUCAUUAAACAGUCGUCCGAGGCUCGCCGCCUCUCUCCGCCUGCCGUCAGGUUUCCCUUCACGCUCUUCUCCUGCCAGAGAACGCAGUCUGAACGGAGAGCCGGCAGGAGUCAGGACCUGCUUUCAGCGCCGCCCGCCGUGAAGUACGGUCUGUCCUCUGAAGUGUGUGUGCGAUGGUUGCAUCAGAACCUGUAGCAGUGCUUUGAUCACCUGAGGCGCUUGGCGAGCUGGUGGGGACGGUUCACGUGAGAACAUGCAGUGGAGUCGACACUGGAUAGCUUCCCUCUCUUUGUCCGUCAUGGCGUUUGGAGUGGUUUAUUCUUUUCCUGAGGACCAAUCUCUGCUCUUCCAUGACCUGCUCUGAGCUGGCCGCCAUGAUGGUUAGAGAAGUCACACAGUAUCUGUUACACACUCACUGCUCUUGAUCAGGUUAGCCUUAGCGGGAUGCAUCAUUGCUCUAUGAUUUUAUUUUUUAUACAGUGAACUCAAAACGCAUUUUGCAGUUAAUGGAACUAGAGUUUUAUACAAAAAGAGAUUUUGUAUUUUUGCUGCGGACCAAUAGUCUCUUGUUAUCUUCCCCUUUUUGUCCACAUGUUGGGUUUUGUUGUUGAAUAGUGUGUUCUGGGGUUAAGGGAUGAUUACCUUUGGAAGCUGAUGAAAUCAUGUUGUGUUUAUUUUUAUCUUCACCUUCUCUUCCUCUCCGGAGCGUCUGACAGGAAGGGAAAGUGAAAGCCUCCCCGGGUGAGAGAGAGGGUGCAGUUGCAGGGUGUAUCAUGAUGUACUGAAGGAGAAACUUUGCUGUUCUAAUUCUUUCUUUUGCUGUUCUUUGGAUGGUCAAGAUGUGCUAAAUAUAUCUGUGCUACGAGCUUGAUGCUUCAAUAAAAAGAUACUUAUCUGUGAAA